AUGACGAUUUCCCUACUUGACUACGAGAUCGACUGGAACGCGGCCCUCGCCAAAUGGCGUGAGGAGAAGCCAAGGCGCCCUGCCAAGACUCCAACCUUCGCUGCAGCAGAGAGGAAGCGCAAGGGGAAGGAGCUGGCGGACGACCAGGAACGUGAGAGGGUUGUGCGCGGGCUGGAGUGGGAUCGUGAUGAGUCGGAUGCGGACGACGAUGAGGAGGAGGCCUAUGAGGAGGAGGAGGACCAGGAGCUGGACGACGACCCUUUCCGCGAGGAGGAUGAGGAGGAGGAGGAUGUGGAGGAGAUAGGCAUGGAUCAGCCUGACUGCGGUUCUUCGCCGUCCACGCCGCAUCCGUCGAUGUCAAAGCAGCCCGCACUGGCUGACUGCUUUCUAUCGCGAAAAGGGAAUCUGCAGCUAGUGCUGCGGUUGACUCACGUUGGCAGUCGUUAUUUCCGCUGCGGGGAAGUGACGCAGCGCAGCAUCGCACAGCGUAACAGAGAUCCAGCAGCAGUGGCAGCAGCAGCCGCAGCAGCAUACGCACACUACUCUGCAUACCCCUAUCCUUCGCCCCAGUCCUAUCCGCCCGCUCCCCCUUCCGCCCCAACCCCUCCUCCCGGGGCCCCGUCCCCCCCCACUCCCCCCACUGACCAACCUGACGACAUUGCUCCCCCUGGCGCGGAACCCCUUGCUGCUCCUUCCGCCACCACCGCGCCCACCUCCUUCCCCUCCCCCUAUUACUACACCCCCGGAUCCGUCCUCCCGCCUCCUCCCCCAGCAGGCGGGGCGGAACCCGCCCCACCUCCGCCCCCGCCCCCUUCUGCGUCCCCGCCCCCGCUGCCUCCCCCACCACCCCCCCCUGCACAGCCAGCAGCAGCAGCAGCGCAGGAUGGGGCAGCAAAUUGGGGGUACGGGGGGGAGGCGCAGGAGCAGCAACAAGGUGGGCAGCAGGCCAUGGCGGCAGGAGGGAGAGGCGGCACGGAGGGCAGCAGUGAGCGCGGGGCGGGGGGGCAAAGGGGUGGGGUGGCGUAUGUGUCUGUGGAGGAAGGGGCGGGGAAGAAGGCCACGAGUGUGGACGAGGCUGCUGAUGCUGCCAUCCAGCCGGGCAAGUUCCCCCCGGGGCUAGCAGCGUAUGUGGAGCGGGUGCUGGCGCGCUGCACCACAGCGCAGCACAAGGAGGAGAGCCAGCGACUCAUGAAGCAGAUGAUAACGGAAGCAGCGCGCAACGGCACGUUGUUCACCAAGAACUGGGACACGGAGCCGCUGCCCUCGCUGCUGCACACCACCCCCGCCCCCACUGCCACCACUGCGCUGCCAUCGGCGUCGUCCCCCACGCCCUCGCGCAAGGCCAAGCGGUCGCGCUGGGGAGACCCGCUCGACCAACCCACCUCGCCCGCUGCUGCCCCCUCGCCCAUUCAAACUUCCCCGUGGUUUCGUGCCUCAAACCAGCAGCAGCAGCAGGGAGGGCGGGGAGGGAAGGGCAGGGCGAGCAGGUGGGCGCCUGACAGUGCAGCAGCCGAUACAAGCACACCAGGGGGGGUAGCAGCCGCAGUCGCGGCAGCUGUGGCAGCAGCAGCAGCCGUGGCAGCGGCAGCAGGGAGGGGGCCAGCAGCAGCAGGAGCAGCAGUGGGAGGGGGGGCAGUGGGCAUGGGGGACGCGGACAGGAUAGCGGAGGAGCUGAAGGAGGGAUACUUUGCAGGCAGUGGUGGCGCGUUUGGUGCGGGCGUGAACGAGAGCGCAGGGGAGAAGGCACGGCGGUUGCAACGAGCGGCCAGGUUCGAAGGCACACUGGGACAGGACGAAGAGGGCUUGGGGAAGGGCGGUGGCAAGGGAGCAGGGAGAGGAGGGGGAGGCGGUGGGAGGGGAGGCAAGGCCGGGAAGGGAGGGAGGGGUGGGGGCGGGGCAGUGGCAGUGGCGGUGGGAGGGGCUGGGGCUGUGAGAACGUCGAUUCGAAGAGCCAAGGCGCACUCGCUGGCGCUGGCGCGUGCUGUGAGGCAGGGGCGCGCUGCUGCUGCGGCGGCGGCUGCCGCUGGUGGUGGGGUGGGGGUGGGGGGCGGGGCAGUGGAGGACAUGGACUGGGACAUGCUGACCAUCAAGGGCACGUGCAGGAAGGUCGAGAAGAGCUACCUGCGCCUCACUGCUGCUCCCGACCCCUCCACUGUACGACCCCUGGACGUGCUACAGGAGGCACUGGCCAUGGUGCUGGCAGCGCACUCGCAGGGGGGCGCGGAGGAUGAGGAGGCGGGGGUGGGGGGGCAGGGCGGCAAGCGCGGGUACCUGUGGCGGUGCGACCAGCUGAAGAGCAUUCGGCAGGACCUCACGGUGCAGCGCAUCAGAAACGAGUUCACUGUGCAGGUGUAUGAGGUGCAUGCGCGCAUGGCGUUGGAAGCGGCUGACAUGCCCGAGUUCAACCAGUGCCAGGCGCAGCUGAAGGGGCUGUACACAGAGGGGUGGCGCGGGCACAGGGGCGAGUUCCGCGCGUACGCACUGCUGCACAACGUGCUCUCGCAAGGGCCCCGCUACGACCUGCAGCAUGCCAUCGCCAGGGUGACCAAGGAGGAGCGGCAGGACAGCAUCAUGGCGCAUGCGCUGAGAGUGCGCGAGGCGUUCAGCCGGCGUGACUACAGCAAGUUCUUCUCACUCUACCGCCAUGCACCCACCCUCAUCCAGCUCCUCAUGGACAUGCAGGUGGAGAAGCAGCGGUUUGAGGCGGUGCAGAGCAUGGCAAAGGCGUACCGGCCAUCACUGCCCGUGCAGUACAUCUCACACGUGCUGGCGUUCGGGGAUAGUCGUGACGACAAGGAUGCCGCACAGCCUGCACAGCCUGCCACACAGGGGGACGGGAGUGUGGAGGGCAGAGGGGAGGAGGGCGGUGCAGCGGUGCAGGAGUGCUGCGAGUGGCUCAAGGCGCAUGGGUGUGUGCUGCUGGCCGAGGACACUGCUGAUCCCCUGCUCGACUGCAAGGCGAGCAGCGGGGGGCUGUUCAUGCCAGAGGCGGAGGACGUGGUGCCGCAUGGCGACGCCAACCUGCAGGUCGACGACUUCUUUGCACGCCGCCCCGAUGACGACCCAGACGCCUGA